CUUUUCUUUCCGUUUCAUUUUAUUUUUCUUAAUUUGGAAAUGGGAAUCAAAAAACAAGAUGAUAUUAGCAUUGAAGCACAACAAAUUCAACAAUCAUCAUGGCAUGCAAAAGAUUUGGAUACAUUAGUUAAUGCUUGGAAUACAUCUCUCGAAACUGGUUUGACAGAACAAGAAGCAAGUAACCGAUUACACAUUUAUGGAUAUAAUGAAUUAUCUUCCAAUUCUGGACCUCAAUGGAUCAAAGUACUUUUACGACAAUUUUUGGAUUUGAUGAAUUGGAUUUUCCUUGCUUUAGGUAUUGCUGCAAUGGUUCUUCAAGAUUAUGUAACUGGUUCUGUUUUGGUUGCUUUGGCCAUUUGUAAUCUAUUACUGUCCUUUUCUCAAGAAUAUGCCGCUGAACAAACAUUGGCCGCUCUUCGUAGUCUAUCAUCUCCUACUGCUGAUGUGAUUCGAGAUGGUAGAGAACAAUCUAUUCCUACUCGUGAACUAGUGCCCGGUGAUUUACUUGUUAUCAAGGAAGGUGAUUCUGUUCCUGCUGAUGCUCGACUUUUUUAUGUCUCAAAUUUGGAAGCUGAUGAAGCUUUAUUGACUGGUGAAUCUUUACCUGUAUCUAAACAAUUAGUUGUUUUACAAAAUGAAGAUGAACCAUUGGGUGAUCGUAUCAAUAUGGCAUAUAGUUCUACUAUUGUAUCCAAAGGACGUGGUCGUGGUAUAGUGACAUCAACUGGCAUGUAUACUGAAAUUGGCAAAGUGGCAACCAAGUUAGAUGAAGCUGGUGAUGGUGAUAUGACAAGAUUACAAAAAAGUUUGAACAAGAUGUAUGUGGUUCUCAUCGUGGCGUCUGUUUUAUGUGUCAUCAUUGUGUUGGCAUCCGUGAAAUUCAAGGCUAACUAUGAUGUGGGCAUGUAUGCAAUGACAGCUGCUUUAUCUGUACUUCCAGCUGGUUUGACAACUGUAAUGACAGUGACACUUGUGCUUGGUGGCAAGGAAAUGACAAAUCAAAAAGCUAUUGUACGAAAAUUAAAAUGUCUGGAAACGCUAGGAUCCGUGACUAAUAUUUUUUCUGACAAGACUGGAACAUUGACAAUGGCAAAGAUGGUGGUAGUACGUUUCUGGACUUUGAACGAUGGUUUUUAUUAUGUGGAACCCAAUGGUUUAGCUCCGGAAGGUGAUGUUUAUCAUACUCAAGGGAUUGAUAAUGCAAAGGAAAUCGCUUUACAAGAUUCCAAAGUCGACAAGAAGGCAAUCAGUACGGAUAUGGAACGUUUGGUCCAAUGUGCAGCUUUGUGCAACAUGUCUAGUAUUCACCGACGUACCGGCAAUGAUGAUUAUACUAGUAACAAUGACACGGCUUCAGUUAGUACCAAGGCAGAAACUCGUGAUAAUCAUGAAAAAGUGGAUGAUGAAGUGACUGAUUCUGAUGAUUGGAUAGCAAGUGGUGCUCCUACUGAAGUGGCGUUACAAGUAUUGGCUCAUAAAUUCAAUAUGGGAAAACCUGAUCUCUUGGCAACUGGAUGGGAACUUUUGGCUGAACAUCAAUUCGAUUCUACUAUCAAACGAAUGUCUACUCUUUAUGUCAAUAGGGAUCAUCAAAUCAUGCUUUUCUCCAAAGGUGCUGCUGAACGAAUCAUACCUCUUUGUGUCAAUUUGAAAUCGGAAGAAGAAAAGGCUCAAGUGUUUACAACUGUGGAUAAAUUAGCUGAAAAGGGUUUACGUGUCAUGGCAAUGGCUUAUCGCUCAAUGGAUAUGGAUUUGGAAAAGGCAAAAACGACUUCUCGUGAUGAAAUGGAAAAAGAUUUGAUAUUUGUUGGUCUUACUGGUAUUUAUGAUCCUCCUCGUGCUGAAUCUCGUCAAGCUGUCAGUGAAGCUCAUCGUGCUGGUAUUUCUGUACAUAUGUUGACUGGUGAUCAUGAAAUUACGGCAACGGCUAUUGCAAAAGAAAUCAAUAUUUUGAAUGAAACAAUCAUGUCCAAGGAAACUAUUCGAUCACUGGUGAUGACAGGUACACAAUUCGAUGCUAUGUCUGAUGAUGCUAUUGAUCAAUUGGAACGACUUCCUCUGGUGGUUGCUAGGUGUUCUCCUGAAACUAAAGUCAAGAUGAUUCAAGCUUCAAAACGACGACAAAAUAUUUCUGCGAUGACUGGUGAUGGAGUCAAUGAUUCACCUUCUUUACGUAUUGCUGAUGUUGGUAUUGCAAUGGGAAAAAAUGGAAGUGAUGUAGCCAAGCAAGCUUCUGAUAUUAUUCUCACGGAUGACAAUUUUGCUACUAUUAUUCGAGCUAUUGCGGAAGGACGACGUAUCUAUCAAAAUAUGCAACGGUUCCUCCUUUACUACUGGAUUUGUUUGGCUGGUAUUGCCUUGAUGGUCUUGGUCUGUUUGGGUGUACGUGAUCCAUCUGGAAAAACAGCUGCUCCUUUGUCAACAUUACAAAUUCUUUUUUUGUACAUUGUCAUCACUCCUCCUGCUGGUGCUUUAAGUGUGCAAAAGGCAUCCAAGACGGUGAUGUUGGAACCUCCUCGACCUCCUACGGAAAGCAUCUUCAAUAAGGAAAUCAUCAUGGAUACAUUGGCAUAUGGUAUUGGCAUGACAGUGAUCUCUAUAGUGGCCUUCUUUGUACCUCUCUAUACUCUUGGUAAUGGUGUCAGUGGAAUAGAUUGUGAUUCAAAUUAUCAAGUUGGUUUAUGUGAUUCAUUCUAUCGUGCCCGUGGAUCUCUUUUGGUUACCCUCAGUUUAUCUUGUUUGUUUGUGAUGGUCCAUUGUCGAAGUUACCGUAAUAUUGAAUGGAAUUGGGAAGGUAUUUUGACGACUCUGCAUAGCAAGACUUUGAUGAUUACCAUUGUACUUGAAGUGAUCUUUUUGGCUUUAUUCAUGUAUAUUCCAGAUGUGGCUAUUAAAGGAUUUCGACAACUGGGUAUCACUUGGGAAUGGGGAUUAGCUAUUGGUCUCAAUCUAUUCUAUAUCGCUUUUGGUGAAUUCUAUAAAUGGUGCAAGCGUAUAUUCAUGAAACCUUUGGCUCGUCAACCUACGAUGGACUUUUCAGUUUGAUUUAUUAUUUUAUUUAUUUAUCUCUCCCAUACUUUUAUAAUUAUAGAUUGUAUAUACAAUUAUUAUUUUUAUUAUUAUUAUUAUUAGAUUCUUUACCCUUUACUUAUCUAUUUAUUUCAUCAUCAUCAUUAUCAUCAGAU